AUGCUCACAGCUUCGACCCUCCGCCUCAUCGGCGCCUUGUCCUUGGCAGCACAAUCCUACGCCGCAGUCAUCACAGUCACAGCCGGCACACCCUGCGCAACCUCCCUCUCCGCCCCAUCCUCAACAUACAACUUCUCCCCCCUCGGCACCUGCGGAGCAGAACCCGGCUUCAACUGCUACGGCGCCCCCAGCGGCAGCUGCUGCAGCACAUACGGCUACUGUGGCUCUGGACCGGAAUACUGUGGUAGCGGAUGUCAGCCAGAGUUUGGAGAUUGUGAUGAGAUACCAAUUGAGACGCCACCAGCCUCUUCUUCGAUGGGGCUGCCGCCGGACUAUACUGCGCCGCCGGUGGCCUACGCAAGAUCUGACCAGAAUGUCUCACUGACUCCAGAUGCCUCACGCUGGCCCAGCGGCAUACACCUCGCCGUGGACUACUACCCCUCCCAAUGGCCAGAAUGGAUGUGGGAGUCUGAUGUGGCACGCAUGCGAGACAGUAACAUCUCGCUCGUCCGCGUCGAUGAGUUUGACUGGAGUGUCUUGGAGCCAAAGGAAGGGCAAUACAACUUCACCCUUCUAGACAAGACGCUGGACCUUCUCCAGAAAUACGGCAUCAAAGCGAUUGUGGGCACACCGACAGCAGCACCGCCCAAUUGGCUCACAGAGAAGUAUGAGGUCAACUUUGUAGAUCGAACGAAUACGACUUUGCUCUUUGGGUCGAGGAGACAUUAUAGCUUGUCUUCUUUUGAUUAUCGAGAGCAGAGUCAGAAGAUUACGCGUCAGUUGGCAGAGAGAUAUGGGAAUCAUGAGGCUGUGGCUGGGUGGCAGCUUGAUAAUGAGUUCGGCUGCCACGACACAGUACGAAGCUACGAUAAAGACGCCAAGACUCGUUUCCGUUGGUGGUUGAAGGAGAAGUACGGCACUAUUGAGAACAUGAACGAUGCUCAAGGUCGGGUGUUUUGGUCGUCUCAGUACGAGAGCUUCGAUGCGGUAGAGCCGCCGUUUCUUGAGGUGUACACCAAUAACGAGGCGCAUACGCUGGAUUGGUAUACCUUCAGCUCCGAUAUGGUUGCAGAGUUCGCCAAAGAGCAGGUCGUGAUCUUGAGAAAGUAUGCGCCGCAUCAGUUCGUUACGACGAACUUUAUGGUGUUGUUUACGGAUUUCAAUCACUACAAGUUCACCCGCGACACCGGUAUCGACCUAGCAACCUUCGACCAGUACGCUCUAGCUGGUACCAGCGCAGUCCUACUAUCUGACCACGAAAUGACGGACUACUUGCGCACAGGUGUACCAGACCUCCAAGCUCUCAACCAUGCGUUGUACCGUGGCAUCUCUGGCGCUGCAUAUGGCCAAAAUCAUGGCCCGUUCGGAGUCAUGGAGAUGCAACCUGGAGUCCUCAAUUGGAACCAGUACCGCGUCUCUCCACUUGAAGGCAUGGUACGUCUUUGGACCCACGAGACCUUCGCGGCAUCGGGAGAUUUGGUGAACUACUUCCGCUGGCGGCAGGUGCCUUAUGCUCAAGAGCAGACCUUGUCUGGGCUUUUCACAGCCGAUAAUGUUGAAGAUGAGGGCUUCGUUGAGUCUCAAAUUUUCGCUGAGGAGGACCUUCCCAAGCUGCGGUCAGCAGGCAUUGAGGAGGCUGCAGGCCAGGCCGAUGUCGCCCUCGUCUUCGAUUACACCUCCCACUGGGUCUGGGCUAUCGAGCCCUACAGUGGGUCCUGGUCCGUCAAAGAUGCCGGCUACACAGGUGCAGUUCUGGCAUACACAGACCUCAUCUACUCUUUCUACUCAGCUCUGCGCCGUCUCGGUCUCAGCGUCGAUAUCAUCUCCCCAGAGCAGAGUCUGGAAGGCUACAAGAUGGUUGUUGUGCCGUCGCUACCCAUCAUCCCCGAGACCUUUGAUAAGGCUCUGUCGGACUUCUCGGGAUCGGUCAUCUUCGGGCCCAGUACGGGCAGCAGAACUCCCAACUUCGCAUACCCACCAGGCCUGACACCUUCCGAAGGGUCGUUGCGAACUCGUCUGCCUAUGCGGGUGAGCCGUAUCGAGACUCCACCAACCUACGCGAACAGUGGUGUCUCAUAUGCCGGUACCACGUACAACAUUUCUGCUCGCGAGGAAUGGAUCACAUGCGCAAGAGACGACAGCACCAGCAACGCCACAGUGUCGUACACCUCUCCACACCGCCCAGGAAAGCCGGCGGCGUGCUCGGAGGACGGUCUGCACUAUCUUGCGUUUAACCCGCCAGUCGACAUGCUCGUAGCCUAUCUCGGUGACGUCGCUGCCGAGGCAGGGAUCCAAGACCUGACUGGUCGCGUGGCCGACCAGGAAAACGACCUGGGUGCUACCCUGAGGCUGGCAAGGCGAGGCGAUCUGCUAUGGGCCAUCAACUACGGUUCCAAAGCACACAGUGCACCAACAGUCGACGGGGAUCUGAUUGUCGGCGACAACGCCGAUGAGGUCCCGGCGGCUGGCGUGUUGGUGUGGAAGCUCGCACGAGCAGAUUGA